UCCACCGCGGAGGUCGAUCCACCGGCUCUGUGUCUCCUCCCAUCGCCGUCCCCCUGCUGCCGUGCGCGGCCACACCUGCAGCAGACCGGGGGGGGGGAGUCAGAGGCAGAGACGGUGUGGAGGAGAGAGGAAGCCCGGACACAUCCAGCAGCUCGCACCGCUUCUAUCCGGACUCUCCGGUGUGAGGGAGGAUCAAUGCACGGGAGACAGACAGCGACCGGAGGCUGGGACACUUUAAAUCAUGGGGAUUAACGUGGAAGAGGAGGAAGAGGAGGAAGAGGCGCAGGGACCGAGACUGAGGAGCGCGCACAGGUUUUGCUUGUGAUCCGUGACAGAGCGAGGCCAGUAACACUGACUCGACCAUUGUCCCCUCACAGCUCUGAGCAGUGCGAGGCUCUCUGGUUGCCUCGGCGGCCCAUUGUGACUGUAGAGAAGAAAGAAAGAUCCGGCUUGUCUGGAUAACGACCCCAUUCAGCAUCCUUUCUCUUUGCCACAUUAGAAAGCCUCAGAACAACAGUGAAGGCUCAGCACUAUCCCGACCUCCCAAACCCUUCCCUGCAUCCUCUACCCACCUCAUCCCUACCGCCCUCUCUAUCAGCCCCGUCCCUCUCCCUCUCCCGAGCUUCAGCCGCAGCCUCUGCCCCGUUCCGAGUCCCAGAUGACAGCCAUUACCCUCCCUCACUGCACGAGCCUCCUUUCCGCUCCCUCCAGUCCCCGUGGCGCUUGGCACCAAUGCCCAUCACACAGACAGAUGGAGCCAACCCUGACCCCUCUCCUUGCCCGUGGGGACGCAAAGGGAACCAACCCUCACUAGAGGAGUGGGGGAUGACAGGAAGGAGAGAAGAGGAGAGUAUUGCUUUGUCACCACAGCAACUCAUCAUCCGGUCUCCCUCGGACUCCCCGUCAGCCGAAGCGAAGGACCUGGGAUAGAAAGGCACACGGCGGGAACGUCAACAACAACAACAACAGAAGGACCUUUUUUUUUCUUCCUGCAAAUUGUGCCUGACACAUUUCUUGCUUUGAUUAUUUGGCAGAGAGAUCUUGUUCUGUCGCGUGUGGACAGAAGAGGCGAACGCUGACAAGAAUUCUAAAUAUGGGAAAUAUCAUUCGAGAGAAACAGGAUGUCACAAGAAGACGGAUCUAAAAAAAAAAGCGCUGAGAGAAAACCGGCUCUACACAUUCUCAAGUUUUUCUGAACCCCACAAAAGUUGCAUUAUAAGCCCUUGCACUUCCCGUUAGCUGUGGCCUCUGUGGUCUAAACGAGUGACAGCAAGAAAAGCUGAACAGGCUUUCACAAAAUGUCACAAUUUUAAACAUGCAGCCACAGUAAGCAAGCUGCUUUUUUCAUUGUACUUUCCACACCUGCAUAAAGCAUAAAAAGCUUUUCACUGACAGUAAAAAAAGGAAAUGUACAUGGGACUCAAAUCAGGGUCCUCGGGCGCGCGUGUCUACAUUCAACUGAGCUGUAACUUCUUGGUUGCACCUCUGCUGACGGAUGAAACGUCCACUCUGUGUCAUCUCCUCGGACUAAGAAACUGCACCUGAGUCCCUGCGAUUAUUACGAGAGAUGACUGCCGACACUCUGCAAAACCAAACGGGAACUUCUGUGGAGGUUCGGACUCUUUGCUUUGGAAGUUGAUGCCGAUAAGAGUUUUUAAUUCACAAAGGAGCUGGAGCCUUGAGUUCUGGGACAAUACAAGGAGCAACUCCCCUGAAACGUCUGGAAUACACUGGUGGUGAAUGAAAUAAGACUUUGUAGAUUAUUACCUGCAUUUUGUGGUGGUGGCUUCCCUAUUCAGCAGGCUGGGAGUGGCUGUACGAUGCCUGAACUGCAUAACUUUCCCCCCCUGAGGGUCCCCAGUGACCCUGAACUGGGUUUAAAUGGACCCGCAGACCCAGCUCGAAUUCAGCACAGUAUCCUGGAGGAGCAGGUGGAGCUGUGGUGGUUCAGAGAUCCCGGGAAGUCUCUGCUCUGCUACUGCGUGGCCGUGCUCCUGAUCCUGGGCUGUGGGCUGGGAGGCGUUGGCCUUCUCUCCACCACCACCAGCGUCUCCAGCGAAUGGCGUCUGGGCGUGGGCACGGCCCUCUGCCUGCUCGCCCUGGGAGUGCUGCUCAAACAGCUGCUCAGCUCGGCCGUGCAGGACAUGAAUUGCAUUCGAAGCCGCCAGCGCAUUGACAUGCUAAAGAGCGGCGGUUUAUCCGACCUCCUUGUGGUUUCCAUCACUGGGCUGUCACUGUUGAUUUGCGGAGGGGUUCUGCUGCGUCUGGCCCUGGCGAACCACAUGCCGAAGCCAGGCCAGGCCCUUAAUGACAUGUACAUCUCUGGAGUGGUUCUGCUGGCUGGAGGGGGGGCGGCAGUAGUGGGUGUUGGGAUUUAUUCCGUCGUGGUGAUCCUGCUUGAGAGGACAAGGCACGGACGAAGGCUGAUGGACCGGGUGUUUAAUGUCUUCACUGUCUCUGGACGCAUGGAGCGCCAGGGUCGCAGAGAGACCACCUCCAGUCUGGCGAACCUCAUAUGAGACAGAACCACAAUAAAAGUGUGUAAUUUAAUAUCUGAACAUUUAGCCUCACGUUAGAGGGAUAAUGAUGAAAACACUCUUUACAUACUGUACGUCGCAUGGGACACAUCUGCUCGGUGAAGAUGUAGUUAACGAGUCCUCAAGUGUUUGUCUUUUUGUUUUGUCCGCAGGUCUCUGACAGAGACGCAGGCACAACAAGGAGAAAUGCUGAUUCCAUUAGUAUUUAGAACGAUUUUUCUUUUCAAUGAAAAGCACAGAUUCUAUCGGGUGAAAUAUCAGUUCCAAAACAGGAGUGAAGUGUUUUCAUGUUAUUGUUAUCACACAGAAUUUAUUACAAAGGAUCUAUGAUGUGAGCAUCACCUACAAUGGUCCCAUAUGAUUACGCUCUUGUCAAAUAAUCUCUGACGAUGUAACACAAAGUUGUAAGUCUACACGACGUUGGCUGAGACAUCUCACACAAGUGCACUGACAGAAAAGUUAUUGCACGAAUGAAAAAGCCACAACACAAAUGCUAUCGCUACAACUUAGAUGCAAAAGCCACAACACAACUGUAAAACCCACACAAUGAAAACAAAACCACAAUGAGCAGAGAUACUUACUGCGGUCACUGUCGCCUGGAAAACCCAGUCAAGCCAAUUGCUGCUUAAAGGUUCGGUGUGUAGAAUUUAGUGACAUCUAGUGGUGAAGUUGUGAUUUGCAGCUGAAUACCCCUCAACUCACCCUCCCUUCCAAAGGGAGAAAGAGAUAAUAUGGUAGCUUUCAGUUGUCAUAAAAAUUCAAAAUGGGUAAAAAACAUGGCGGCCUCCGUAGAGAGGACCUGCUACCGAAACACACAAGUAAAAACAUCAGUAGGAUUAUUUUAUAUAAAAUUUUCUGCUAAUGGAUCCUUUCCUGUUAUGGUACAGGUGCAUUCUUUCGGGUUUUGGGUGCUUCAGGCAGUGCUUUGCUCACUUCUGUUGUGGUUGUGUUGCUUUUGCAGUUGUGUUUUCCAUUAAGGCCCUUGUGUGGGUGUGUCUCGACCUCAGUACCACGCAGAUGGAGAAACAGGAAGCUGGUUUGUCAAAGGUGAUAUGAGGUUGUGGUUAAAGGGGCCAGUUACACGUCGGUGUGUGUGUAAUGUAUCUGCUCUAAACAUGUAUCCUGUCAAAGUGCUCUUGGACCACACCUCUGUCCUCUACCGACACUGAUGAUCGGUGAUUGUAAGUCGUCGUGGAUCAGAGCACGAGCUGAACGGCUGUAAAUAGUAAUUACAAAAUCCAGUGAUAUACGGGACGACAUAAACAGGAAAAAUAAUCUUUUAAAAAAAAAAUUCUUGUCAUUUGUAAUUCAUGCACCGACCCUCACCCUGUCCAUAUGUUCUCAUGAAGUUCUGUGCAGCUGAUGAACCUGACUGUGGAUGGUGAUGAGGCGAGAGCUUCAACGUGGCUCUUAAAUUAAUCCCUCAGUUGAAUAAUAAGUGAUUAUGAUCCAUGCAGCAGGACUUUGGUGUAAUAUUUGUCUGCCUGUAACACGAGAAGACGACAUGAUUGUUUAUCAGAGAAUUAUAUCGGAGCACUUUAUCGACUGUACGUGGAUCAUUUGUGGUUUUGUGCAUCGACUCAGUAUUUUCUCGGCCGUGACUCCUGCAGCUCCUGGUUUUUACUUUAACCUGCUUCUUCUGUAUUUGAGAUAUUACACCAAAUCAAUUGAUUGUGUGUAACGCAACAUGUUCACUCACUUUGCAGGAGUCAUGGAGAAUCACCAUCUCCUCCAAUCUGUUGAGUUUUUUAAAUUCUUGGCUCUUUGUUUUUAAUCAUGAUUCUGAAUGUGAAUGUUCUCAUCAAACCAUGUGGGUGAGAGUUAAGCAAUAAAGCUCAGAUGAACCAA